AUGCUGCGAUCAACUCUUCUCCUCGCCCUUGCAGGCCUGACUUUCGCGACAGACAGCGUCUACUUCAGCACCCACAAAGCUCAGGAGAAAGGCCUCCCACUGCUUUCUGGCUUCAGUCACCGUCCUCAAGUCCUCAGCCUAGCCGCGUCGUGCGAUGCUGGCAGAAAAGAAUGUGACAAUACCUGUAUCGAAUCGAGCGGAACGUGCUGCAACAAGGGAACUGGGGCCUACUGUGACGACGGCUACCGUUGCCAGUCUACCGGCUGUUGUGAGAACGGAAAAAUAUGUACUGGUCCUCCAACUGGCUGCACAAAGGGUAAAGUGCCCUGCGGCCAGUACUGUAUUCCUGAAGGCAAGGUCUGCUGCCUGUCAGGUUACUGUGACGCUGGUCAGAAGUGCACAACUGAUGGCCAGUGUACUGACGGAAGCUCAUCGGGCUCUGGAGGUAGUGGAGGUUCCUCAGGAGGUUCAUCGGGAGGUUCUGGUAGCUGCCUGAGCUUCCAGGAGACCUGCGGAGACGGCUGUAUGCCCAAAGGGAUGGUCUGCUGUGAUACAGGAUACUGUCUCUCAGGACAGGUGUGUGCUUCAGAUGGCACUUGCAGCUAUGGAUCAAGCAGCGGUGGUGGUGGAAGCAGCGGUGGCUCAGACGACGACGAUGACUCGACAUUCACAUACACUCGAGAGUCCGCAACAUUUACUCUUGACUCGCCCUCAUUCACUGCCCCUUCGAUCGCGCCCAUUCCCACCCUUGACGACGACGGCAAGUUUCCUACAUAUACCUCCGGCCCUGAAGCUACUGGUCUUAGAGCCGGCGGUGACGAUGAUGGAGACAGCAGCAGCAAUAGCAAUAGCGGUGGUGGAAGCAACAGUGGCUCUAUCCUUCUACCUAGCUUCUUCAUGGGCCUGUUCGCCAUAUUUCCACUUCUUCUCUAA